UAUAGUUCUAGCAGGCUCACGUAAUUGUGUGAGUGAGUCACGUAUAACAUGGCAGAAGAUCCUACGAAGUGUGGAUACGAAAGGCUGUUACGCUGGUGGGAGUCCAUCGGCCCCGGCAUGAGCGAUCCUGACAGCUCUGGAGGAGGAGGAGGACCGUCGAUUGGCGAAGCCAGCGAUGAAAAAUACUGCCGUUGGAGUAGCUGCAAUAGAAUACUAAGUGCCAAUACCCGAACAAGAUUCAUACUGUGUGACCACUGUCUGCACGUCACUUGCCUGCAAUGCGACGCGUCGCACGAAGGAGUAAACUGCAAGACGUACAGAGACUCAUCACGAAAGGUCGAGCCAAAGGAUGUCAGUGAAGAACAGUUCGGUAGCAAGGACAGCCACAAUACUCCGGAAAGCAACUCAGAGACUCCCGUAAUGCAUGAAAAGAACGCCACUACAGAACCAACGCCAAAUUCUCCUCAGUGUGAUGAGCAGAGGGAACCCGAGCAGCCCCCCGACCUUUCCUGCGACGAGUUGCAGGAGGAAGUUGCGGCGGACACUGAGGAAUCUGAGCUGGUGUCUGAGACGCCUGUUACCAUGUCCGAUACAUGUUCUGUGUCUGAGGGGGACGAUGCCUCAUCUUGUGAAGCAACCAUAGUUCUGGAGUGCAAUUACUGUCGGGCAGUCGCAACAAGUGAGAUGGUCGCUCAUGUACCAGGUUGCGAGCACGAUGUCUGCAGGACAUGCUUAGAACGAAGUGCAGAUUCCUCUUUAACGUACUUAGUCAAGUGUCCAGUAUCGCUCUGUGUGGAGCACGUACCUGAAACAUUACUCAAACAGCAUCUGUCCCAAGACAGCCUUGCCAUACACAAGGAACUGAGGCAUCUACCGCUUCAGAACUGCGCUACAGACGGCUGCCUCGGCAAAUGCAACGUGAAGCGCGGAAUGAGCACUUUCUCGUGUCCAGAGUGCGGGGCUGUCAACUGUGUACCGUGCAGGACUGUUCAUACUGAUCUGACCUGCGAAGAACACCUGAUAAGGACCAUCGCGUCGCUGGAUGGAUACACUGAAGUUGAUCUUAAACAAAAUGGUGUCCGCUGUGGUUCAAAAGACUGCGACAGCGUGGGUCAACUGGUACUCGGUGGCCAAUUAUCCUACUGCCCGGUUUGCGGAGAGCUCACUUGCUUGGAAUGCGGCGUCGUGCAUACUUUCGAGACAUGUCAGGAAUACAACGCUCGACUACAGUGCCCAGUAGUUCAGGAGCCGGCAUUACUACGAAGUUCCGUUGCCGACGUCCGACCCCCAUGCAUUGAAGACGACGACGACGAUGAUGAUGAUGAUAGCUAUUAUGAUGAUCGCUCUGAUUACGAUCAUACCUAUCAUUAUGAUGGUUGCAUAUGACUACGAUGACUGACACGCACGUAGGCGUAAUGAAUAAUCUUUAAUUUUAUGGACAAGCACUUUAAAGUUGUGAAAAUAAAACAUGUUCAUACACUAA